CUUCAGAAAAUAAUUGUCGGGGCAGGCAGCCCACGAUGAUUUGCAGCUAACUGUGGAAGCUGCUGAGUUUAACCUUUCUUCUUGGUUAGGUUCCAUAUAGGUUCAAGUAUCCAAGAGAAACACUCGUGUUCCCAAAGACCUUCCUUUUCAUGUUGCCUUGGAGUUUUAAAAUUAUGACUUGCGAAUUCGAAUUUCUCAAACAUUUAAUAGCAGGAUGAUCUUAAACUGUUCAAAUAACUUGAAACAAGUGAUAAGGGAUGGAAGUAUUCCAUUUCCACAUUUCUCUAGCUUACUUGAUCUUGGGUUUUAGGAGUUCAUUUCUCAUAAACAUUGCGAAUAUUAAUCAAGCCUAACGUUGAUAACCAAUCCUAAUGGUGGAAAUUUUCUAGAGUUUAGUCCAAAUUAAAUAAACGACGCCGUAAAAUGCAACACCAUAAGAUGCAGCAGGAAACCAGUCCACCCAACAUAUAAUUUGCCGUACGGUAUCCCAAAAAUGGAAGAUGAAAUGGUGAACACGGAGAUGCAGAUGAGAGCCGGUGAGGACAUAGGAAUCGGCGAAGACAUAACCCCUCCACUCUCUCCACUCUCCUUCUCUCUCCACGACUCUUUUAUUCACUCUCACUGUUCUUCUUGCUUCUGCCCACUCCCUAAUCGCCCUUCACAUUCCACCACCAUUCCUCACUCUCUCCUCUACUGUUCCCCCCUCUGCUCCUCCUUCGGCUCCCUUCUCCACUUCCACUCCGCCGAAUUUCACCUCCUUCGUUGCCUUUCGUCCACAUCUCCUCCCCCCUCAUCCACCUCCGACCUCCGCGCUGCUCUCCGCCUUCUACGCCUUCUCCCUUCUCACUCCUCCCAACUUGGCAGGACUUCCGGAUUGUUGACCAAUCGCCACAAGUUGCUCGCAGAUGAACAGAUAGUCGCGAGAAUUCGAUGUGGAGCCAGGGCUAUGGCGAUCGCCAGGAGAUUGCGAGAUGGAAAACAAGAAUUGAUUGAGGUGGAUGAAAAUGAAUAUGACGCUGUGUUGUUUGAGGAGGAGGAGGCCGCUCUGUGCUUGGUGCUAACGAACUCUGUGGAGGUGCAGGAUAAUGAUGGCCGGACUCUGGGGAUUGCUGUUUAUGAUCCUACCUUCUCCUGGAUUAAUCACAGCUGUUCUCCCAAUUCUUGUUACCGAUUCUUGAUUUCUCCACCGAGUACAGCCGCAUCUCCGGCGGACUCCAAGUUGCGAAUAGUUCCCAGCUGCAGCAAUGGAGAGAAGAGUGUAUAUAGCAAUAUUGAAUUUAGAAAAGGAUAUGGUGAAUAUGGGCCAAGGAUGAUCGUGAGGAGCAUUAAGAGGAUCAAGAGAAGCGAGGAGGUAACAGUGGCAUACACAGACUUGUUGCAACCUAAGGCAAUAAGGCGGUCAGAGUUGUGGUCAAAGUAUUGUUUUAUUUGUUGUUGUAAACGAUGUAGUGCCUCUCCACCAGCUUAUGUAGAUCAUAUAUUGCAGUUGCCACUCACCGGUGAAGGAAGCAAGAAGGUGCAGGACUUGUUGCUGUUGGAUGUCACCUCUCUUAGUGAAGUAUGCAGAGAAAUUGGAUCCGACAACACAACAGAAAAUAAAAAAGGUGGUGGAGGAAACUUUAGGGAAAUUACUGCUUCAAAUCAUGCCCCUUCAAGAUUAAGUUCUGAUCACAGUUCUUCCAGAGAUGAAGCAAACAGAAAGCUGACAGAUUAUGUAGAUGAAAUUAUAUCCGAGUAUUUAUCUGUAGGUGAUCCUGAGUCUUGCUGUGAGAAACUUGAGAGCAUACUCGUUCUUGGUCUACAUGAUGAGCCAUUGGAGACCAAAGAAGGAAAAAUACAGUUGAAUUUUAGGUUGCAUCCUCUGCACCAUAUGGCACUGAAUGCAUACAUAACACUGGCUUCUUCAUAUAAAAUCCAUGCAAAUGACAUGCUUGCUCUCUGUUCUGAAAUGAAUGGACAUCAGUUGAAACCUUUCCACAUGUCCAGGGCCGGUGCAGCAUACUCCUUUCUGCUUGCAGCUGCAGCUCACCAUCUGUUCAGCUUUGAAACUUCACUUAUUGUCUCUGUUGCAAAUUUCUGGACAAGCGCAGGGGAAUCCUUGUUAACUUUUGCUAGAAGCUCGGCAUGGGAUUUGUUUGGGAAACAGGAAAUAACUGGCUUGGAACUUCUUUCUCAUGGUAAUCGUAAGUGCUCAAAGUGCUCAUUUCUGGAUAAAUUUGAAGCCAAUUUUUCUCUUAGUCAAAAUCUAAAUGAAGAUUUUGAGAACAUAUCAAGCAAAUUUCUUGAUUGUAUCUCUAGUUAUUCACGUGAAGUUUGGAAUUUUCUGAGUCAGGGCAGCCAUUACUUGAAGAUGUUCAAAGAACCAUUCGAUUUCAGUUCUUCGGCAAACAUGCCAAAGAUAUCAGACCUUGAGCCUACUUUAUGCAGGAAAAAUAUGGAUUCCUAUUGCUGGAGCAGUUCUGGAUUAGAGGAGGCACAGCAGGCCACAAACCAGGAAAGGAUAAAUAUUUUGCAUCUUGGCGUCCAUUGCUUACUUUUUGGGGAAUAUCUAGCAAGCAUAUGUUAUGGUACGCAUUCGCAUUAUACCAGACAGGUUCAGAGACUUGUAUAUUGUGACGACAAAUAAAACAAGUUCCUUUUGUUUUGCAUUAUCCACCAUCUUUGAUUGGAAAGUGAACUCGAGGAAAUUUAGGUUGAAACUUUUCAGGCAGCUGCAAAUUCAGCUGACGCCUCUCUAGAGAUGGAGAAUUUAUUAAAUUCAGUUGCUGUCUAUUUAAUGGAUUCAUUAUAACAGUGAC